AUGGGGAAACCAAAGCAUCGCUGGACAUUAGAGGAAGAAAACGCCCUUCGCGCCGGAGUAGACAAGUACGGUACCGGGAAAUGGAGGAAAAUACUCACCGAUGAAGACUUUGCUCCUUGCUUCAUUGCUCGGACCAAUGUUGAUCUCAAGGACAAAUGGCGUAACCUAUGUGGUAAUGCGUCUAGCAGGGUUGCCUUUCCUCGAUGCUCAACAUAUAAGGAAACAGAGUUCUCGGCGGCAAGCUCAGGUUUUCGGUUAGGUUUAAAAGUUCUCGGCGGCCAACUGAUAGAUUUGGUUAGGGCAGCUCCUCAUACUCAACUUAUGAGUUCUCGGUCUCUGCCUCGGAGCUCUCGGUCUCAGCUUCGGAGUUCUUGGCGGCGACUUUGUGUUCUCGGCUAG